AUGAAAGUAGUCAGAAGAUAUGGCAAAGCAUCUGAUCAAUGUAUCAACUUUGACAAAUCGUCCUUACUCUUCGGUAAGCGGAUUAAUACAAUUACUAGACAAAAGAUUAAAGAUGCACUUGGGAUACAGAAUGAAGGUGGAAUGGGAACAUACUUGGGCAUCCCCGAAGACAUAAGUGGAUCUAAAUACAAACUUUUUGCAUUCCUGAAAGACAAGCUGAUGCAUAGAGUGAAUGGAUGGACAGGUAGAUGGCUCUCAAAAGGUGGAAAGGAGGUGUUGAUUAAAUCUAUCCUGCUUGCUCUUCCGACAUACGUCAUGUCGACUUUCCUGCUCCCAUUGGAGAUAUGUGAAAAUUUAGCUAGUGCCAUCGCCCAGUUCUGGUGGAGCUCGAAUCCACCAAAGAGAGGAAUACACUGGGCAAAAUGGGAAAAAGUGUGCCUACCAAGAGAGGAGGGUGGAAUUGGUUUCCGAAUGAUCCAUGAGUUCAAUCUGGCUCUUCUGGCUAAACAACUAUGGAGACUAGUACAGUUCCCUGAUUCUCUGGUCGCUAGAGUUUUACGGGGAAGAUAUUAUAGUUUGAGCUCUCCCUUGAGAGUAAACGCUGUGACUAGCCCAUCCUAUGUGUGGACUAGCAUUUCUGCUGCAAGAAAAUUGCUACUACUGGGCAUUAGACAGAAGAUACAUUCAGGCUAUGAAGUUAAGGUGUGGGAGGAUCCAUGGAUCCCAUCGAACCCCGCGAGGCCAGCUGUCCCCAUAGCUCCAGUUAUGCAUCCUAAUAUGAGAGUGAGCGAUCUUAUUGAUCAGGAAUCAAAGGAUUGGGAUGUGUGA